AGGAGUGGCCGCGUCCAUGGCCGCCAGUUGUACACAUCCCUUGGAUGUCACGAAAGUGCGAAUGCAGACAGUGACCAACGAAGCUGGGUCGAAGCGUGCUUCCACAAUCUCCAUAAUACGCGCCAGUGUCGCCAGUCAUGGUGUUCGUAGCAUGUACCAAGGCUUGUCGGCUUCAUUACUUCGACAAAUGACUUAUUCCAUGGUACGCAUCGGGGCCUACGAGGAUUUCAAAGAUCGUCUAUCGAGGAACGGCCGGCCCUCUUCGAUACAGCUUCUUAUGGCUGCCACUGUCGCGGGCGCUCUCGGUGGUGUCGCAGGAAAUCCAGCAGAUAUAUUAUUGGUUCGAAUGACUAGCGAUAUCACUAAGCCGCCGGAGAAACGAUAUGGGUAUUCCAAUGCUCUCAGUGGACUUAUCAGGCUUGUGAAGGAAGAAGGCCUCAAAGGAUUAGCUAGAGGAUUGGGUACUAACAUAACGAGGGCCAUACUCAUGAACUCGUCUCAGGUGUGGUCAUAUGAUUUCUUCAAGACAUCCUUAUUGCAGCGGCCUGUACCCAUGACGAACUAUCAAUUCCAAGACAAUCUCGGACUUCACGUCGCAUCUAGUGUCCUUGCAGGCACAUUCGCCACCACUGUCUGUUCCCCUGCUGAUGUUAUACGAUCACGCAUCAUGUCAUCCUCUUCAGGAGAUACAUUCCUUCAUGUAUUAACGACGUCUCUUCGGAACGAAGGACCAAGGUUUCUAUUUAUGGGCUGGACUCCCGCAUUUAUUCGUCUCGGACCCAACACCGUCUUGCUUUUCGUUUUCUUCGAGCAACUGAAAAAAGGAUGGAGCAUACUUGUAUCAUAACACUCCCCAGCUUGUACGGAAAAUAUGGAAAGUAUAGCAUGCGUGAUUCACACUAUCCCUGCAGCCUUGUAUACAUUCUCAUCCUAGACGUAUAUAGACGAAAUGUGACUUAUUUACUGUAGAUAGCAGAAGGCAUUUCAUACACCAAGUCAUUUUUAUUCAUUCGCUCUCUGAAAUGAAGAUGCUCUUUCG